GAAGCGACACGGUUCAGUCGCCUCUGGGCGCAGACCAGUCGACAGCUGUGGCGAGCUCAUGUUUGAGAAUUUUGGAAGACAAUUGAACACCUGCAGCCGACAUGGAAUUGCCAGAGGAUUUUGAUUACAGUGAAUACAACUACUCCUACGAUGGAAACGACACAACGCACGAGACGCCGGUUUUCCACCAAAAACCUCAGUGUUUAAAGGAAGCCUUCUGCGUGAUCUUGCUCGUCCUCAGCGCUGUUAUUUUCCUGCUGGGCUUCUGCGGGAAUGCCUUGGUCAUCUGGAUUUCUGGCUUCAAGAUGAAGAAGACGGUCAACACCACGUGGUACCUGAGUCUCGCCAUCUCCGACUUCGUGUUCUGCGUCUUCCUCCCGUUCAGCAUCGCCAACAUGGCGAUGGAGGACUGGGUCUUCGGCUACUACAUGUGCAAAUUCGCGUCGGCCGUCAUGUUCCUGAACAUGUUCAGCAGCAUCUUCCUGCUGGUGGUCAUCAGCGUGGACCGCUGCGUGUCCGUCGUGUUUCCGGUUUGGGCGCAGAACCAGCGCACCGUCCGGAAGGCGUCGGUGGUGGUGGUCCUGGCCUGGCUGUUCGCCAUGGGACUCAGCAUCCCCUCGCUCAUCUUCCGAGACGUUCGCACCCACAUGGGCAAGACGACCUGCUACAACAACUACUCUCUACACCAGCACAGUCACGCCGCCGUCGCGGUGACCCGCUUCCUCGCGGGCUUCACCGUGCCCUUCGUGAUCAUCAUCGUCUGCUACUCCAUCAUCAUCCUCAAACUUCGAAACAACAGAAUGACCAAAUCCUCCAAGCCCUUCAAGGUGAUGACCGCUCUCAUCGCGACCUUCUUCGUGUGCUGGCUGCCGUACCACGUCUUCGUCCUGCUGGAGCUGCACCACCACAAGUACGACCACGCUCUCCUAGCCGGGGGACUCAAGGUGGGCACGUCCAUGGCGGCGGCGAACAGCUUCCUUAAUCCCGUGCUGUACGUCUUCAUGGGCAAAGACUUCAAGCAGAAGUUCAAGAGCUCCGUGCUUUCGAAGAUGGAGAACGCCAUGGCGGAGGACGGCCGCACCACCAGCCGAUACCUGUCCAGAUCCAGCUCCAUGGACGGCAGGGCGUCCACACACAUCUAGAGGCGCCGAGCCGGCGCCGCCUGUGACCUUUUUGCAGACACAUUUAUCACUGAAAAGGAGACAAUUUUGUUGACUUCUUUGUUGUUAUCAGCACAAAGAAAGCUGAGCUCUCCCUGUUCGCUGAUAAAACGUAGCAGAACUGUUGACAGUCUAUAAACAAGCAUUCAGCUCACGUUGCUCUGAAGGGUGGGAGACAUCAGUCUCUGACGGCGAGAGUUCAGCAGUGCGCUUGAGCAACAUGGACUUGUAAAUUACAUUUACAGAACAAAUAUAUAUCGCUGUAUCAACAUCUUCUCAUACAUUUCUCAAGAGGCUUUUCCCACAAAAGCAAUCUCAGUCCUCUUGUCAUGAUGUGCUGUGGCAGCGUCACUUUUUCAAAAUGUUUACGGUUCAAAAUCAGCAGGUAUAUCAGGAGGACUGCAGAUAUCUUUCAUACAGCUCAAACAACACAGGACUUUCUAACACUGAAGCUGAGAGAAACAGGACCGGAGCUUUUCAUCAGAUCAUGUCAGUAAAAAAAGAAAAAAAGAUUCAUUUUGUGAGACAGAUCCUUCUAACGUUUUAAUUUUCUUAAUUGACUUCAGAAAUAAAACAAACACCUCAAGAUCAUGUGAAUACAAACAUCUACUGCAGGACGUAGGCGCCGACAUUUCCUUUUUAUGCACAUCCAUCCUUGAGAAACCUUCAUCUCAGAGUGGGAUGUAUUGUUGUUUUGUUUACUGCCAGCAUUGUGCACAACUGUUGUGGUUUGUGUGGCUCUGACUGACCGUCCCCUCCCCCCACGCACAGAUGAUAGGCGUAUCGUCUGUGGAUAUGUGCGACAUGUUCUUCCUCUAAUCUGUGGACCAUUUGUGUUUUUGAAUGUUGUACAAGGUUAAAGUCACUUUAUGUUGAUACAAGCAACUUGUUGAGUUUCUCUUAA